AUGGGAUUCGCCAACUGUCUCCAAGGGCAAGAAACGCCAAUUAAAAGUUUUUCCAAAAUCAAUAUAUACAAAUUUUUUAAAACCCAUAAAUUUGACAGGAGCGAAAAUGAAAGCUGCGUGAGUGUGUGCUCAGUCGUGUCUGACUCUGUGGCCCUGUGGACUGUAGCCCACGAGGCUCCUCUGUCCAUGGAGUCUUCCAGGCAAGAAUAUUGGAGUGAGUUGCCAUUUCCUACACCAGGGGAUCUUCCCAAUCCAGGGAUUAAAUGCAUGCCUCCUGCAUUGGCAGGUAGAUUCUUUACGACUAGUGCCACAUGGAAAACCCAAAAUGAAAGCUACUACAUGUAA